AUGUCGACGCCUAUGAGUACCGACCGUGAAUCCACGCUAGUCUCUGACGACGAAAAGGAGCAGAUUAGUGGUUGUCCGACCUACGCCUCCUUUGGGGACAAAGGUGUCACCGCUACAACGAAUUCUCAGGGCCACUUGCUGCAAAUUACGCGCUAUUUUGACCAUGGACCAUCCGGAUUCUUUUGUGUCGACCUUACUGACAUCCUACCAUCAGAUACAAUUACUCAUCGCCUGCAGAAGCUACAGGAGUACUGUACAGACCCUAACAGCGGAGUGGGUGUUCGAAUUGAACAUUCUAUGGAUGUUGAUGCUCAUACUGAGAAGCCAAACGAAGAGGUAUUAAAUGAAGAGGUGCCAAAUGAAGAGGUGCCAAAUGAAGAGGUGCCAAAUCAAGAGGUGCCAAAUCAAGAGGUGCCAAAUCAAGAGGUGCCAAAUCAAGAGGUGCCAAAUCAAGAGAAGCCGAAUGAAGAGAAUCCAAAUGAAGAGGUACCAAAACUAGAUUUUGUGCAUGAUCGUUGGCCACACUUCGUUACGAAAACACCAAAAUUCGAUCUUGAAACUCAAUACUUUGUCUCCGAGAAGACGGUGUAUCAGAUAUACACCCUCAAGCUUCGCCAAGGAGAAGAUCAUCCCACAGAAAUUCCACAACAAGAUAUAAAUAUCGAGUUGUUCCUUCGAAACCUUAGCGUCAAGGCAGACAGUGAUGAGAAUAGUUCCAACUCGAACAGUAACGAUACUCAGGACCCUCACUACGAAGAGUAUUCCAAUCAUCUAUCACCUAACGAAGACUAUGUCAAAAGAACCCGCAAAAUUCGCAACACAGCGCAUGGUAAUCAUGAUGUUAUUGCUCUAUUUAUAACACCAUUUAUUAACAAGCGCCCUCAAAAGUUUAAUGUUGAGCUUAAAUCUGGAGAUUGCCACAUCGUUCUAGAAGACAGCGUCUUGGACAGCACCUUGGAGGAUUUGAAGGAAGGAAAAAAGCUGGAGGUCACCCUGGCCUAUCGACUGGAAUUGAUAUCUUCAGGAAAAACAGAGUUUAAUGGUUCUGUUUCCUCCGAAUCUCUUUCCAAAUCUCUUUCCAAGUCUCUUUUCGAACCUACUCCUGAAUCUCUUUCUGGCCCUCUUUCUGAAUCUCUUUCUGAAUCUCUUUCUGAAUCUCUUUCUGAACCUCUUUCUGAAUCUCUUUCUGAACCUCUUUCUGACCCUAUUUCUGAUCCUAUUUCUGAUCCUAUUUCUGAUCCUAUUUCUGAAUCUCUUUCGAAGGCUCAGGCUGUGCUGAACAAGACUUUCAAAGAGCCAUCAUUGACCCAGGAUGAUGACUUCAAUGCUAAUUUAAGACGAAAUUUGGAGCAUAUCCUAUCCGUUUGCAGUAUUCCUGUCAGCUUUGAUGCUAAUGGAAAUAACCCUUCCAUUGCCCUAACAUGUGGAGAUAUCUCGGGACAUAGAAUCUCAACAGAAGCAAGCUUCUACGCUUUUCGAUUCCUUCUUCUGACGCUUGAGAAUAUAAACAAUCCAUCCAGAGGUGUAUACCAGUUGGAAAAUGAUUCAAAAGAAGACGAUUAUGUGGCCAAGAUGACAUCCCGUAUUUUUGAAGUAUGUCAAGGACAUUUAAGAUGGCUUAUUCGCGGGAACGCGAAAUCAGAUUCCGAGGUCUUGAGUCUCAACGGCACAGGCGGCGACGCUACAAUAGUCGAUGAUGAUAGCAAUCCCAACGUGCUCAAGCAAUCACUCAUCAGUACAUCUUUUCAAAUCAUCAAAGCAGCAGAAUUUUGUCGAACGGUUAUGUCAAACGUUUCGGAAGAAACAAAACUCGAGAUUGCGGAAGGGUUCCGCACCAUCGUCAGCAAAUGGACUGCAGCCCUUGAUGAAAAAAACAAGGGACGUGACUUUUUGUUUCCAAAUCUGAGAAAAGAGAGAGAGCAAUGGGUAUUCCAUCUCUCUGAUCACGCCAUAAUUUGGUGGGCUGCUAGAUCAGCAGAAGAACUCGAACUUCGAAUUAAGGAAAACCUUGCUGCUAAAUUGGCAGAAGAACUUGAACUUCGAGUUGACAAAAGCCUUGCUGCUAAAUCGGCAGAAGAACUCGAAGUUCGAGUUGACAAAGACCUUGCUGUUGAACCAGCAGAAGAACUCGAAGUUCGAGUUGACAAAAGCCUUGCUGCUAAAUCAGCAGAAGAACUCAAACUUCGAGUUGACAAAAACCUUGGUACCUACAUAAGCCGAGAUGGGAUGAUCUACUCUAAGGAGAUCCAGAAAAGUCUUUUGAAGAGAUUCACAAUCCGAAAUUCAUCAUUUGAGAAGCAUAUGAUUGCAAUCUCCAGAAGCUCUAAUGAGACGAGAUUCCAAUUUCGGGCCAGAGACACUGUUCUUUUUUAUGCCAUGGAGCGCAGGCUAUUCGAUCAAGGCGAUCCAGCCGAGGGUGAAUCCUCCACCUGGGAAAAUAAAAUCGAAGCUUGGAGAUGUACGGUGGACUACCAGAAAGAAUGUGAAGAUGAUCAAAAUGCACAUUUGAAUUGGUACCAGCCACUCCAUUAUGCCUUGGCGUUAAUGAUGUCGUCGAUUAACAAACAAAUAACGUCGCAGGCAAUUUCGCGAGUACAGAAAGACGCCAAAAAUAUACUACUUCAAAGAUCUUCUUCUAAUGAAUUACUUUUGGGCCAUCCUGAUGAGAACAAAAGACCUCCUAUGUUUGAUGGCGAUGGUACGAGUGGUCUCUUCUGGUCGGCAACAUUUGAAGUGCCAUAUAUCAUAUUGAAAUAUACAAUGGCCCAGACGCAAAGCGAGAUCCCAGGAUCGAGUAUCACUGCGAUCACUCCGUCACCUCAGGGUUCUAGUGCCUCGUUGUCACUUCUGUUGACGGAAUCAACAGCACCUGAUCCCACUCGAGAAUCGGUCAGAAAUAAAACAACACCAUUGUCAACUAUUGAGAUCCCGACUGGCUGGCAGAGUCCGCUAAUGAAGCAUGGAGUACUAUUCAACAAUGCCAUUGACCUGGGGAAAAUUGUUGAGAUACCAGAUGAGUGGCUGUAUAACGAACCAACAUUCUUUAACUUUCACCCUACUAUAUCUUUCAAUACCGUUGAUAAGUUUCGCAAAGAGCUGCGUAAAAUUCAUGCCAAAGAAACGUCGAAGAAGAGUCCAUCAAAGUAUCAGGAAUCUUCUUCGAUGGCCAACAUCAAAGAGACUCAUGAAAAGAUCUCAUCGGAGUCUAAUACAGAGCUGGAGGCAACCCGCAGAAACCAGACUACCUUCUGUACUAUGAAAGUAGUGCAUGGGGCGGCGGCUAUGGCGGACCUUCGCUUGCGCGAAGGCGAGCCAAUGGGCUGUAUCAUUGAUGUGCCCAGAGUUAGGCGUCAUAAGUAG